AUGGAAAAAAAAUCUGAUAAUCAUUCGACUCCAAAUGGAGAAAGUAGAGGUGAUAAAUUGCACGAUACUUUGUUCCUGCAAUUUACGAUUUACACAGGAUUACUCCCUCUGAUAUUCGGCGGGGCGCAUAUAACAUGGUUGUCGUCUACCUACCCUAGCUUAAUAAACAACAAUAGCUCCAUCAACCCUUUGACCGAACCCGCUGACCUGACGGAUAUCUCGCUCAUCGGGGGUUUACCGAUAUUCGCCGGUCUGUUGGGACCACUUUUUCUCAUCAAACUAUCCGACAAAAUUGGUAGAAAAAUGUUCCUGCAAGCCUCCUCUUUAGGAUUAUUCGGCUGCACCAUAGCCCUAGCGUUUGCUAACCAUGCAGUCCAAAUCCUAGCUUCUAGGUGUAUUCUAUUCAUAAUCCUCAACGCCUACGGGGCUAUAAUCCAAGUUUACAUAGGCGAAAUCUGCGAAGAAACAAAUAGGUCAAAGUACCUUUGUAUCAUGGGGGUGUGCCUACCACUAGGCUUCAUUUACGGGUAUUACUUUGGUCCAAUAUGCUCCUACAGGAUAUUUACUAUUAUCCUCAGCGUUCCUCUACUGCCGUUUUUUGCAGGUUUCUGUUUUGCACCUGAAACUCCCGUUUACCUACUAGCCCGAGGGAAAGUUGAGUCGUGCUUCGAGGCAUUAAAAAAACUUAGAGGGAACAAGAACGCCAAGGAACUUCAAUUAGAAUUGGACAGGAUGCGCCAAGUUUUAGUGGAAACUAACGCCUCAAGUGCGGAUAAAACGUUGCUGCACUUGGUCCUAUUCCGGAGGAAAGAAAUCCGUCUAGCAGCUCUGAUUACUGUGGGUCUUGGUAUGGCGCAACACACGUGCGGAAUGUCCGUCACUACCACCUACCUAGGACCUCUAUUAAACGAAGCUCGAAUUAAUUUAUCAGAAAACACCAUGACCGUUACUGUCGCUGUGAUCCAAACGUUGGGAGUUUUG